UAAAAAACGACAUUGAUCUAUCCACAGAACACGAAUACAGCUUCGCGUCUCGGUGAGCAUCGGUUUUUGAAUGAAACUGAAAGAAAAGCACCGGCUGAAUAUGCUAUUUCAAUGCCGAUACCAUACCGGUGACUGUUAAAGGUUUUUGUGUAAAGGCCAGAGAAGUGGCAGGACAAAAAGUAUUUGUGAAUAUCUGCAAAACAGAAGCUAUACCGCCACCAAAAGAAAUAUCUGUAAAAGAAUUGCACGAAAUCAUAACAUCGGAGUGUCCUGGAGAUUAUAGAGUACCAAUGAGCAUUGGAGACGUAAAAUCAGAAAAAGAUAACAAAGGACAACAAGUCAAAGUUAUUGAUGUCGCGAUACAUCCAAGCUUCUUUCAUAAAGUCGAUACAAUUGAGGAGUUCAAGAGCUUCUUUAUAGCUGUGGUAUUCUCUGGGCUAGAAGAUAAAUACAAGAUAAUUUUUGAAGAUGAGAAAAUACUUUUACGAAACAAAAGGGCAUUUGGAAAACUACAGCAACAUAGGAUUCAACAAAGAGAGGUUGCUCAAAAAAUGCAAGAAGCCCCAGGACAAAAGUCACUUAUUAGUGAACUGACAGGGGAAACACAGACAAAUUCUAAGGUGAUGAUAGAGACGAUAUCGAGUACAGAAACUCCAAGAAGAGAACCAAUGUAUAGGUUGUUCAAAAAGAAAGUCGGUCAAAACUGUCUUUAUGGAGAAUUUAAGUUACCUGAUGUGAUUUCUGCAAAGGAAGUAACCUUGGACGUCGGUGAAGAUAGAAUUAUUUUGGAGUCAAAAGCUAGAGGCUACCUCUUAGAUAUUUUUGUUCCUUACAUAGUUAAACAAAAGGGUUGCACUUCGACGUUUGAUAGGGCUAGAAAGACAUUGACACUGGUAAUGCCACUUGUUGGGGGAUAAAAGCUUUCUUGGAACGUUUCGUCGCGGUUUGAUAUAAAAUAUAAGUUAAUAUUACGAAAACAUGUAUGCAUUGUUAUAAUAUAUAUAUAUAUAUAAUAAAAGAGUGAAAUGCU